AUGGGUUCUUUUUUCAGCCACGGUUACAUUUCAGAACAGCUUUCAAUGGCUCUGGAAAAGGUCAAGACCACCGUCAACUCCAACCCUGCUGUCGUCUUCAGUAAAACUUACUGUGGUUAUUGCAAGAGGGUAAAGCAACUGUUGACACAGGUUGUAGCAAGCCUUAAGGUUAUUGAACUAGAUGAGUAAGUUGAUGGAGGUGAAAUGCAAGAAGCUCUAGCUCAGCGGACUGGACAGAGGACUGUACCUAAUGUGUUCAUUGAUGGGAAACACAUCGGCGGCUGUGACUCUGUCUUACAAGCGCACCAAGGUUGGUUAUUUCAGCUUCUGCCGCUUCUCCGGGAGGCUGGUGCAGUUGCUAAUCUAUCCGUAUCUGCAUAAGUGAUCGAAGCAAAGA